AAGAAUGCCAACAUGGAACAGUGGCAAGGACGGGAUCCCUUUCUGCAAAAAUAAGACGACGGUGAAAACCUUCGAGAACCGUGCAUUUCGAAAGGUUUUAAUAUAGUUCAUGAUUAUCGACGGUGUAGUGAGAAGCGUGGUUCUCCUGUGUAUCUGGACUGUAUCAAUGGUGUCGUUAAGCAGCAGAGCGCUGGUCUCUGAUAAUGACCUCUUUAGGGACAGCGUUAGCCUGGUCUCCCUGGGGCUUGUGGAGGGAGAGGGCAGUGAGGGGGGGAGCGAGGGGGGUAGCUUUGCUUCGUGUUACAGCCCCGAGGCUGGGGACAUGGGGGCUGGACUCAGCUUCAGCCCUGGAGAGGAGGAGGAUGACGGAGAGGAAGGGGGCCUGCUCCGACUCUAUCUGACCCCCACAGAGGGUCUGCUUGACUUCAGCCCCCGCCUGCCCUCACCCUUCUCUCCCACCCUGGAGGACAUCGAGGAGUUCCUCAGGGAGAAGAUGGAGCUGGUGAGAGAGGGGGUUCUCUUCCCUGGUGAACCCAUAGAGGAGCCCGCUCCCUCCCCUUCCAGCUCCAUGAAACAACCCUUCUCCUCCCCAGGGGGACACAGUGACCCAGGCACCAGCGCUGCCCUGUCACCCCCCACCCCACAAAUCCCCAACACCCCUCACACCCCCAGCCCAGCAGCCCUGUUCCCCUCCCCACCCCCCACCACCCCCCCAGUGCUCCUGGGAGCACCCCUGGUUCUCCAGGUCCAGUCCUUGCCUCUGGCCCAGCCUCACCCCCAGACAGGCUCUCCUCCUGGUGCAUCCAGCGGGCUGAGAUUGGCCCACCUGGUCCUGGGACUCCACGGAGGGCAGAACGUUACCCUGCUGGCCCCACAGGUGCCCUCCGCCUCAGCCACCCUUCUCAACAUAGCCAGCACGGACGCUCCAGACCAGAAGUAUGUGAAGAUUGCCCCUCUACCAAUCACUGUGAGGGUUACCGGGGGGCUUGUUGGGGCAACAGUGGUUGUGGGUCACAGUGGAGGGGCCGUGGUGAAAGCUGUGGCCCCCCCUAGGGUGAACAGACCCCCUCCUAAAGAGACGCUGAGGGUGCACAAGUGUUCUCACCCGGGCUGUGAGAAGAUGUACACCAAGAGCAGCCAUCUGAAGGCCCACUUCCGCAGACACACCGGAGAAAAGCCCUACACCUGCAGCUGGCCUGACUGUGUCUGGAGGUUCUCUCGUUCUGAUGAGCUGUCUCGUCACCGGCGCUCCCACUCCGGGGUCAAACCCUACGAGUGCUCUCUGUGUGAGAAGAAGUUUGCCCGCAGUGACCACCUCUCCAAACACACCAAGGUGCACCGCAGCCCCCGGCCUGGCAGAAUCGUCAGAACUACCGUCUGACCCAGCCAGCAUGUCGACACAGCAAACCCAGCUCAGUCCAGUCGUGAUCCUGAUGCCACCCUCCUCACCCUUAACCCCGUUGCAGCGCUUGACCUGGAUGGCAGAAUUAUAAGAACUUGCCUCUAGAAUUCAGAGCAGCCUGGUCCCCCACCUACACCCUGGCUGUGCCUGCCCAACCCAGGCCAGUCCAAUCUCAACCCGACCACAGGCUGACAGAAUAAUCAGACUCAUCCACCCAGCCCUUCCCCGGGGAGGCCCUGUUAGGGAGUCUGAGUCCUCAUCAGGACACUGGUGCUACAGGAGCAGACCUGGACCAAAACCUAAGAGUAGGGUUCUGAAUCUGAUUCAGACCCUGCCGGCCUCUCCUCACCCUCUCCUCUACUCCCUCCUGCAGCAGAGCAGAUGAGGUAUUGGUGCUAGACAGUGAACUAAUGGGUAACGGCCAUCUCAGGGAUGUGAUUGUUCAGCUUAAAGUGGAUUUCAGGCCUUUAGGUUAAAUCACAUCCCCCUGCCACACACACACACACACACACCUCGUUACCCUGAGCAGAUGACAAACGUGACAGGCAGCUGUGCACGGUCUAACUCUCAGAAGAUAAUGUUUUAUAUGUCAUUGGAUUGUGUUUAAAACACUACACUGUCACACAUUCUAUUCUACAUAUUCUAUUGCUCUGUGAAUCUGCUUCAGGAGUUACACCCUCAAGACAGUUUUAGAGGUCAAUGCACUGACCCAGCUCAUUCUAGCCCAUAAUCUGUGCUAUUAGCCCAGUUGAAACUUGAAAGUACUGUGUUGAUAUGUGAGCUGCCAGAUUCUCUCAGAGAACAGGUUUGAGUCUAAAUCUCUUACAUAUCCCCUCCUGCUCCCCUCGGUGCCAAACCUCUGGCCCAACCACAUCCCUCCCUGACCAUAACGGCCAAUCCAGUACUGUUACCACCGCUUCCCUGACCUCGUGCCUCCUCCCACUCCCUAAAAGACCUCAGGGCUGCAGACUAGUGUCUGCUGGUUUUCACCAUGGUGCUUUACUGGUCCAUUAUGUAAUAACUGAUUAGUUAAGAGUCCACUCACACCAACCUGGUUUCCCAGGUUUGCGUCAGAUGCUGAUUUGAAGGGCGAGUGACUGAGUGAAAACCAGCAGACACCGCGGCCCACCUGGUCCAUGCUCUUAAACAACUGAGAUUAGGUUUUUUUGUUGCCAAGCAAGAAGUCCUCUUGACUUUUCAAUCACCUUUUUGUGUGAACUGCUCACACAUUGUCUGGUGUAGAACCUAUAAGCUCUUUUACUUUCUUUCUAUGUCUUUGAAAUCAAUGUUAAACUGACAAAAGAGACUCGGCGAAAGCUACCUGUGUGUGUAUACUGUAUGUUUUAUACAUUGGCUUUACAAUGCAAAGCAACCCGAUGUGAAGAACUGCUUAGUCAUUUACAGUAGUGAAGGUUAGUAGGUUAGCAAGCAAAGCUAAUCAUUUAUAGUGUACAGUACUGUACCUGAAAAGGGCAGCUGAUCUUUGUCCAAUCUGUAUCUGUCAAAUAUCUCAUUUACAUGUACAGAACAUAUAGAAGCUCCUAUCCAGAGAAACCCUUAGUCAGUACAUUAAGCUAUCCAGUGGUGUCUGUGCUUGGUGAAACUGUGGAAUGUUAUUGAGGGGUCAUCAGAUCAGCCAGACAGGAGUUAAUUAUGAGACCCACUCUUCCAUUAAUUAGUUAACCCAUCACACCCCAUCAAGAUUAGCCCUCUGUUCUCAAGUGCACUUAUGUUAGCAGGUCUAGCAGGAGAGGGUUAAGCAUGGAGAACAGUUAUAGGUAGCCCAAAGGCUAAGGAAUUGGACCUGUAACUGAAAGGUGGCUGGUUCAAAUCCUGGGGCAUUGCACUGGAAAGAUAAGGGGGAAUUGAUCUGGCAACUGGAGGGCUGCUGGAUUCACAUCCUAAAGACGUUCCUCUACUGUUGGGCCCUUGAGCAAGGCCCUUAACCCCACAACAUGCUCUCCAUCCAGGGGCCCUGCACUGCAGCUUGAACCUGUGCUUGUCUCAACUGUGUGUGAUAUGUGCUGAGAAAGGAGCAGAAGACACAUUUCCGUUGUUCGCUGUAAGACAUGGACAAUAAAGAUAUUUUCUAAAUGCUAUGCCAAGGACUGGAGGGCUCUGCUAUGAGUAUAUAAGCUGUAGCUCUGGAUUUGAGUGUACAAGGUGCUUUUUCAACAGGCUACUGCACUUAGGAAACCAUAUAGAGAAAACAAUGGACUUUUCAGGCUAGCAGUCUUGGCCCAUAUCCCUUGAGAGAAACCAGAGUGGGUACAUGUGCUUAAUACCCACUUAUAUUGUACUCAAAUGUGCAAUCCAUCACUCACAUUUGCCACCCAUCACAGUGAUUCAGAACCUAUGACGAGCCAAACCUUUGUUUAAAACACAUUUUCUUGCUUCUUGUUAAAUUUGAAUGGGUAAACUCAGAAUGGACCACCGCACUUCAUCAGUAUCACUGGCAAUCAUCAUCAUUAAAUGGUCUCUUGCCAUUACAGAAACAGUUUGUUGUUCUUUAAGAUUGUUUGUGUAUUGCUUUCUUUGAACAUGACUAAUUUGAUUAGAUCGUGACCACACAAACCCACCUAGACAGACGUCUGACCCAGCUGUGUGUCCAUGGCUGGUCUAGUCCCUCUGAAUCAGUCCUAUUGUAAAUAUUCCCUUUUCUGCCUUACCUUCAACCAUAGGUCGCUCUCUCCCAGUAACUCUAUCAUCCAGUGUACACACACAAACACACACAACUACUGUAAUAAUUCAGUUCUGCUGAAAUACAGGUUACUUUUUUUUGGAAUACCAGAAAUGCUAUUUUCCUAUGUAUGAGAAUAAAGGAUAAGAAAAUUGAA